AUGGACCUCACUACCCUCCGCGCCGAGAUCAAGACAUGGGAGCGUGCUUUCCGAGCCGAGAAUGGCAGGGACCCAUCAGUCCAGGAGAUCAAGGCUCAGCCUGCUAUAGCGGCGAAAUACAAGCUCUACAAGUCGAUUCUCAAAGGGACAUCGUCUGGAAACCCUCUCCCAUCCGCAUCCGGCUCGUCGCAACCAGGUCCAGGUCCGCGACAGUCUCCCUCCAUCAUCCCCAAGGCUCGAGCCGUCAAGGUCGAUCCUCCCGUUUUGACCUCGAACCCAUUCUCCCCGGUCAAGAACAGGAAGAAGAACCAUGAACCACAUGCCUCUCCGACCCGCAUAUCUGUCCUAUCGCGUUCAAAUCCCUUUGCCACACCCUCCAAAUCGAAGGCUAAGGCUCACGCUGCUCGGCGUUCUCUCUCGCCGGAUCCAUUCCCGCUCAUCCAGCCCGUCCCUAUGAUGCAACCUCCACCGUCUUCGCCCAUUGCCGAUUCUGCUGUAACAAGAGCACGUAAACGUCUUCGCGGAGAACCCGUAUCCCCAUCCCCAGUCAAAGAGAAACGCGCCCGCGUUACCUCACGCGCUGCGCUUUCCUUCACCGGUCGUGCUACACGCCCUCGGAGCCCGCAGGCUGGCGAUGACGGGGACACUAUGGCAAUGCCGAAUGAUACGAUUUUAGCAGACACCCCCAUGAAACCGCCGAGGAGUGGGAAGGGUUUCAAAAUCCUCUUUGACGACACGGAGUCGAAUGCCGAGCCUGGGCCAGUGAGGCUCACAUCCAGUCAGAAGACGGGUGUGCUCGAUCGUUCGCUGAAGAGGGACCGGUCGCGGGCGCUGACUCCUUCAUCUGAAGAAGACGGAGAGUGGGACGAGAAACCCAAGCUGAAGAGUCUCGAGGCGUUCGCUGGCACAUCGGGCAAGAAGAAUGGCAAGAAGAUUCGAAUCACGAAAGACAUCCCGAACGCCGUCGCGCCGCAAAAAGACGACCUGCGAUCUGAAGUUGGUACGCUGAAGUCAUCGCAGUCAAAGCCAGGUCCAGGCCGAAGCCAAUCUAGUCGCAUGGAUCCCCCGUCCCACCCGCCGAAUACGCGGGCCGUGUCCCUUUUCCCAGACGACGUCACUAACCAUCCUGCGGAUGACAACGCUCUUCUGGACCUCCCUCUAAUCCCCCCUUCUCCGCCACCCAUGCAGUCUAAAUCGUCUAAAGGUGUCGAUAAAGGCAAGGGUAAGGCUGUUCCCUUCGCCCGCAAGAAAGCCAAGUUGUUCCAAAGUAUCGAUGGAGCCGACGACGAGAGCGCCAGCGCCGACGAGGACGAGAUCCAAGUUAAAGAGAUCGACCCAAUCGCCAGGCUUGCCGCCCUGACCGGGGGGAAUGACACCGAUGCCGACUGGGAACGACUGUGGCUGGCACGUCGUCACCAACAGCCGGCGAACGAUAGGCCAGACGAACCGGGCAAAUUUGACGUCGACCUUCCGGAGGAUCUACAGCGCAUUCUGGCGAUAUCGCCUAAUGAACGGACAAGAGAGGAUGGGGAGAAGGUGGUCCGUGGGCUAUUGUACGGAAGCCGUGAGACGUCCUACGAUCCCAAGAAGGGAGGCGAGAUAUGGGACGCCGGGGAGGACAAUGAUCAUGAGGGGGACGGAGAAGACUGGGAAGGCGAGCCUGUCCCAUGGGAAGUGGGGGAGUUGUAG